CCUCCUCCUCCUUUCAUCAAUGGCGGUAAUUAAACUCGUGAGCAUUCUCGGUACAAAGUUUGAAGGUUCAGUACGGUUUCAGUAAUGGCAAAAUAGCUUCGAGUGUUACUUUUCACUUCGAGGUAUCUGAAAUGAAGUGCUUCGUCAACGGAGGAGCUAGUGGGAUCUUUUUUGUUUUGAGAACGCCUUUUGUUCCGUGCUACUUUAGUGCACAAGCAUUGUCCAGGACAACAAAACAAUUUUGAGAAAAAAUCCAGGAAGAGGAGAGGAGCAAGACACAGGCCGCAUGCGCAGGACAGCAAUAAGGAGGAAGCAAGAGGUACUUGUGUCUACGAGUCAUCGCGUGCCAGCCCCUUUGGAAUCACGACUCUGAGAAAUGCAGCUCUCCCAGGAGUUCCGUGGUCAGCUCGUGAGGGUGAAAUCAGAACCACCUGAUGUUGCAUGCCUGCCAGAACAGGGCCAGGUACAUCAACAGCACUGCGGAGCUGCGGCUGACAUGCAUCACAUCAAAGAAAAACCUCGAGCGGAAUCUUCGGAGGAACAUCCGGUUGCCGAAGUCAAAACGGAGCCUUACAGUGCUGCAAUCUCGACAGAACGGGACCACAUGGGACACAGAUGUGAUUCAACAUCAAAAGGCAUGGCAGCUGGGAUGUGUCACAUUAAGGAAGAACAACGAGAGGAAUCUUCAAAUGAAGACCCAGUCAUAGAAGUCAAGACAGAGCCUUACAAUAUUUCAAUCUCAGCUGGACAGGACCAAGUAGGACACAACUGCGAUUCAGCAUUAGAAGGAGCAAGAGCGAGCACUGGUUUGCUCCACGUAAAGGACCAGCCAAGAGGCAUUUGUGAUCAAGACUCUUCGGGUCGUACUUCUUCAGAGGCACAGUUCAAGAUCAGCACAAUGACUGUUGAACCACAGUUCGACAGCGCUCUACUAGUCACUACGAACGGUGAACCCACUGAGCGACUUUCAGACCAGAGCAAGCCAUGUGCGCCUGAAUACACAUCGAAAGACAGUCUGAAACAGCAUGUGUUUGCACAGUGUCACAGUGAGUCUGAAAUGUGUGCCAUUACUUCUCCACCGGAUGAUCAGAUGGGAGAUGAGAGUCUUACGUACGACAUCUGUUCCCCUGCAUUCUCACCAUCUGGGAGUGAUGAGAGCCACGUGUCAAAGCGUACUAACGAGAAGUCAUGUAAGUCCGAUCUCAGUCCUGGACAGUCCCACCAGAGGAGGAGCCUGCAGUGCCACAAGCGAGCACAGACGGGAGACGAGCCGGACAAGAGUGAUGUCUGCCCCGCGAAGCUCAGCCAGGUUACGCAUCGGCUGCUUCACAAACGGACACAGACAAGCGAGAAGCCGUACAGGUGCAAUGUGUGCCCUGCGGAGUUCAGUCGGAGAGGGAAGCUGCAGCAGCACAAACGGACACACACGGGCGAGAAGCCAUACAAGUGCGAUUUCUGCCCGGCAGAGUUUACGCAGAGCACUAACCUACGGCAGCACAAGCGGAUACACACUGGCGAGAAGCCAUACAAGUGCGACGUCUGCCCUGCUAUGUUCAGGCAGAGCGGUAACCUAAGGCAACACAAGCGGACACACACGGGCGAGAAGCCGUACAAGUGCUGUGUUUGCCAUGCUAAGUUCGGUCAAAUUGGGACGCUACGUCAUCACGAACGGACACACACAGGCGAGAAGCCAUACGAGUGUGAUGUCUGCCCUGCGGAGUUCAACACAAGUGGGAAUCUACGGAAGCACAAGCGGACACACACAGGCGAGAAGCCAUAUAAGUGUAAUGCCUGCCCUGCUGAGUUCAGCCAAAACAGGACCCUACAGAAUCACAAACGGACGCACACAGGCGAGAAGCCGUACAAGUGUGACGUCUGCUCUGCAGAGUUCAGCCGUAGCAAGGGCCUGAUGUCUCACAAGCGAAAACACACAGGCGAGAAGCAUCACAAGUAGACACAUGCAGAGACAUACAGGAACGUUUUCUGUUCUGCAAAGUUGAGGCAGAGUGCAAACGUGCAGCACUACAAGUGGACAUGCAUGGGUGUGCAGACCUACAAGUGCAGCCUUUGUCUCUGCAGCGUUCAGCCGCAGGAUGAACAGACACCAACCAGAGAAUAGAGUAGCUGCUAGCAGAGCAGGACUUAAUUCAGCCAGAGCAGAAGCCUGUGGCUCCACAUGUAGCCAUGAGACGCUUGGAAUUGAAGCCGUGCAGGUACAGAGGCCACAUACUCUUACACAUGAAGAAGUCUGUCCAAGUGUAAAAUCUGUUAUGUCGAAUGUCCUCAACUGAGAGACCUGGAGAAGGCAUUUGGUAACACACAGACGGGGAUGAUUCUUCAAACGCUGUAUGUAUCCCACUGCGUUUUACUACUGCUGGAUGUUUUGAGACUGGCAUGCAUGAGAAUGAGUUGAAGUGGAACUGGGUGGAAUAUCAGGAAACCCAGUGCUGGGGAAGCAAACGCACUUGAAAAAAGACAUCCUCACACAGUGAACCUCUGAACUGCACACCAAGGUUUAUUUCCAUGAGUGGCAUGCCCUUACAUUGUUCCCCUUUGCUUUUUUUUAUUCCUCUCGUAAUGAGUGGUUAUCUUCUUCGUGGUUGACUAAUGAGGCGCCAAAGGAACGUGUACAAUAAAGGUAAGAUUAUGCAAGUGCUCGUACCACCUUACAUCUCUCGUCUAUAUUUUCCUUUGGCCCUUCGUUAGUCAACCGGGGACAGUCACGAAUGUCGUUCGUUUGUCUUACACCGAGCUACACGAAGAAACAGAAUGUCACUGUGGAUAAUUAAGACCGAACAUAUGAAGCAUUAUACAGGUACAUUAGUUAUACUUUCAUUUCUUUUGCUCGAUACUGUCGCACCAUUAGAUUAUUUCACAAAAUCGUUCUUUUUGAAGGACACUUAAUUGGCUAAGUACCACAAGCAAAGACAACAAAGAAGCCUAUCUGCACCGCACUUGGCGAAGUUGCGACUGGGAACGAGGGUAGUUCUCCGAAGAACAGCCGUUUAGCUUUCCUUCCUUCGUGUCAAAAGCUACCAAACUGGUGAUAAAA